AUGGCUCGGUACGGUCUCUCGCUACGUCGUCGCACCAACUUGACCAUUCUGACCGAUAAAGUUGGCAUCGAACGAGCGGUUAGCUACAUGCGGUUCCUGCAAGAUCAACGGCCACGUUUGGAUCUCGACCAGACGGUGCUAAUGGAUGAAACGGCCGAGUACUUUGAAGAUGCACGCAACCAGACAGUUGACUUUGUUGGUGCUCGUCACGUUAUUGUUUGCUCAACAGGAUUUGCAUCGAUGCGCAUCACUGUCAUUCUUGCGGUGAGCGCAGCCAGCAAGAAACUGCCACCAAUCUUGAUCUGGGAAGGAGCUGACAAGGCCAGCUUUAAGGAAAUUGAUGGAGUGUACGUCACGUACCAGAAGAAGGCGUGGGUUGACGGUUUGCUGCUCAAGCGCUGGAUCGAUUUGCAGUUCUCUAUGGCCGUUGACAAAAAGGAGCUAACGCUUUAUUUCAAAAAUUUCAUUCACGACGAUAAAGACAUGUUGAAGAGACUCAUGGAUCAGCUUAAUGAAUUUCCUGUGUCGAUUGAGACGGAAAAUCUCAAGAAAGCGGUGAAGGAGUACAUCGAUGUGGAACCAUCUUAUCGCUACUUGGCCCGCCAAUUGGUGGUAGAGCGUCAAAUUGUGAAGGAGAGGUUCGUUGAUCUUUUUCCUAUACGAAACACCAACGGUGAAAAGCUGCUGAAGCAUGAAUUGUUCCAGACGUGGGAUCAUUUGAUGACCUGGAAUGGAGAGGAUUUCGGACAAUUCAUCUUGUCCAGACUACGAAUGCAAUUUUCAGACCCGGAUAUUGUCCACCUUCUUGUCAAAUUGGAAUCUGAGCAUGUUGCUAGCUACUCUCAAAUUAAAGUGGAGACAGCAUUGUUUGCAGGUCUCGAAGCCAACCGCAAUCAGAAUGCCAUGGCUGCUCUACAAAUACAUAGACUUUAUGUUGAAAAGGGGCGUGAUUUGUUGAACACAGCGCAGCUUCGCAUCGCCUUGACUUACUACCAGAAAAAGUAUGCUGGACGUAAAGUAAUCAAAUUCAAGAAUUUCGGACAGGUGAGAUGCACGUAUCAUAUCAUCAAGGGCUCAUCGGGUAACCGCGACGUGCUUUUACGUGAAGUUAUAAAAGUGUCGUCGGAGCCAUGGCAAUGA